AUGGCAUAUUUGACAGUGGUAACUGGUAGCCCCCAGAAGCUGGAAACUACCACGUGUUUUCUUGUUUCUAACACUUCGGUCCAUAACGAUAGUUUUCAGCCUACAGGGACCACUUGCGCGGCCCAGAUCAAACGAGCCAAGUCUGAGCCAGCAACUGGCGAACUUCUACGGUGUAAGCGCAGGAUCAGUUUUGCUCAGCUCGGCUACACGCUGCCGUCACCCCAGCCUGCCGCUGUGGCACGAAGGAACGAAAGAGAACGCAAUAGGGUCAGAAUGGUCAACAUGGGGUUUGCAACAUUACGUCAACACGUUCCCAAUGGAGCAAAGAACAAGAAGAUGAGUAAAGUGGAGACACUACGGUCAGCGGUGGAGUAUAUUAAGCGUCUUCAAGCGCUUUUAAAUGACCAGGACGGCAACAUGACACCAAGUGCUAGUCAACCUACCGUUCUUGACCAUUCGGAGGAGAACCAGUAUGUAACGGCAAUAAUGAAUAGAGACUCCGCGGUGCCACAACAGAGUCUGUCUCCGGCUUGCUCAGCAGCCAACUCUCCAAGUCCUAGCUCUGGAUCUGAGUCUUCUCAGAAUCACCAGAGUUUGGGUUCUCCAUCUACUUGUCUCAGCCCUGAAGAAGAAGAACUUCUAGAUUUCGCCAGUUGGUUCUCUUAA